UGCCCGGGCCCGGCGCCGCCGCCGCCGCGGCCCCUCCCGGCAGGGCCACCGGCAUGCGGAUGUUCCACGGCGACGUGUUCCUCGGCGAGGCGGACGUCUUCUCGAUCAAGCCCGGGCCCGAGGGCGCCCUGCCCUUCCCCAGCAACGAGAUCCGCAUCAGCCACCUCUCCCCGGCCAGCGAGCGCUGCCCGCCCCUCGCCAUCCUCCAGACAAUCGCGCCCUUCUCCGUGCGCUGCAAGCUCCAGGCCAAGCCGCUGCCUCCCCACCCCAGCCUCCACCGCCUCUACCUCACUUGCUUCAACGAGUACAAGAGCGCGGUGGUGGUGGUUGGAGACGAGGAGCUGCACCUGGUGGCAAUGCCGAGCAAGGUGGAGAAGGUUCCGUGCUUCUGGUGCUGCUCUGUACGCACCGGUCUCUAUGCGGCGUCAGUUUGGAUGCUCAACCUCCGGUGCCUUGCUAUUGUGUUUGAUCUUGAUGAGACCCUCAUCGUUGCUAACACGAUGAGGUCCUUUGAGAGCCGCAUCGAGGUGCUCUCCCGUAGGAUGGACGUUGAGGAUGACCCCGUCAGGGUAGCGGGGAUGUCUGCAGAAAUCAAGCGGUAUAUUGAGGACAGGGAGCUUCUCAAGGAGUUCAUUGACACUGAUACUGUUACAGAUAAUGGCAGAAUUGUUGGCACGCAGAAGGAGGAGGUUCAGCCGAUGCCUGGUGUCCAGGAGCGUCUUUUUCGGCCUGUAAUCAGGUUGCCAGAGAGGAAUGCUAUUCUGACCCGCAUCAAUCCAGAGAUUCGCGAUACCAGUGUUUUUGUGAAGCUAAGGCCUGCCUGGGAGGAUUUGAGAAGUUACCUAACUGCCAAGGGACGCAAAAGAUUUGAGGUCUAUGUGUGUACAAUGGCUGAAAGAGAUUAUGCUCUUGAGAUAUGGAGACUUCUUGACCCAGAAGCCAAUUUGAUCAGCUUGAAUAAUCUUUCAGAUCGUGUAGUAUGUGUAAAAGCAGGUUCCAAGAAGUCCCUGCAGCAUGUUUUUAGAGACGGAGGAUGCCACCCAAAGAUGGCCAUGGUGAUUGAUGAUAGGCUGCAAGUUUGGGAUGAUAAAGAUCAGCAUCGAGUUCAUGUCGUCCCUGCCUAUGCUCCAUACUAUGCCCCACAAGCCGAGAUGGCAAACGCCGUUCCAGUGCUUUGUGUUGCAAGAAAUGUUGCUUGCAAUGUUCGUGGUGGUUUCUUCAGGGAAUUUGAUGAAAAUCUAUUGAAGAAAGUAUUUGAGCUGUUGUACGAAAAUGAGUUGCUGGAUCUUCCCUACGCUCCAGACGUCGGUGACUACUUAGUCUGCGAGGACCCUAAUUUUCCACCAAGCAAUAAAGAUCCUGCCCCUAUACCCGAGGGUAUGAGUGGAGCGGAAGUAGAGAAGAGAUUGAAUGGGCGGGCAUAUCAGGGGGACCAGAAACAGAUAUCAUCAUCAACCCGUCCAUCAGAUGAUGCACGCGUGGCAAUCCGUGGCACUCUAGGCAGUUCAAAUAUGCAACCCAAUGGGGGCUCAAUGGCAAUCGUCCCUUCUUUGUUUGUCACGGUAUUGCAAGAAAUUGGACGAUUAUGCAACUCGAAGGUGGAGUUUAGGUCUACCGUAAGCACCAGCAAAAUUACACAAUUUUCUGUUGAGGUUCUGUUUAGUAACGAAAAAAUUGGUAAUGGCAUUGGAAAAACAAGAGAUGAAGCCCAAGUACAAGCUGCUGAGAAAGCUCUCCAAAAUUUGCAAAGCAAUUACUUGUCAUAUGUUGCUCCUAUCGCUGGAGUUCUUAACAAAGACACAAGCAAGUCUCCUAGGAAUGGAAAUGGCUUUCUAGAAGACGAUCUGGAUUUAGAUGGUGAUACUGCUAUGCAAGAACCAUCUGGGAGUACAUCAGAACAGAAGGAUCUUUCAAAUGUGGAUAGGUUUUCCUCUGUUAUAAAUCUUAUUACAGAACUUUGCUUGGAGGACCGACAUGUGAUAUUUCGAGAUCAAGUUCGGAAUCCUGGCUCAGCAACCAAUGAAGAAUACCAUUUCCAGGUUGAACUAGCAGGACAGAUUCUUGGGAAUGGUAUUGGUGUGAACAAAGAUUUUGCGAAGCUUCAGGCGGCAGAAGAGGCGCUGAGGUUCUUGAAAACAACUACUGACCCACAGAUUAAGAAGCAUUUGAGACCAAUAAGAUGCAGCAGUUGAUUUCUCCCCCCUCUGGCCCCGCAACCGAAUGAGUUGGAAGAAAGUUGGAAUGUGAAGCGCCUCUUUGGGGAUCCCUCAACCAUGACGUGCAUCCACCAUUAGCCUUUGGAUAGGGAACCUUUUGGAAAGGGCACACUAUAGAGAGCGGGGACUUGGAGCUCUGUGGAAUCUUUUGACUACCUUCUGUCGGAGAAUCUUCUGGUAAACCAUUUGCCUCCGGACAACUACAACUGCAGAUGUAGUCAUCUCGGUAGGAUGCUGGCGUAGUUGGCUGUAAACAGGUAGGAAUGUAGGAUUAGUCGUGAAUAGUUUUCCUGACGGAUGCGAUUGCUUGUAAAUUGUUCAGGGGCGUUGAAACUGGAAUGCUUGUGCUGAUUUUCAAGUUUAUGUGUUCAUGA